AUGUGUCAGAAUCACGGAAUAGCCACGGCUCCCGGCGUCAAGGCAAAGUCACAGGAGCCAACACUGUCACAAGAGCUGAUCGACUCGAUCACCAAGUCCGUGUCGGAUGGCUUCGACGAGCAACUCGCCUUCACGCAGAAGCUGAUCCAAUUGGGCGGACAGCGGGGCGAGGAGGGCGAGAUCCAAGAAUUCAUGUUCAAGCAGUUCUCGGAUCGAGGCUAUAACCCGGUACAGUUCGACAUCGAUCCCGAGGCCAUCGCACAGCACGUGGGAGGUGGGAGAAUCAGCGCGACGCACUCAAAAGCUCCCAUCGUGGUCGGCGUGCACAAGCCAAAGCAGCAGGCUCCCAACGGGAAGAGUCUCAUCAUCAAUGGGCACGUCGAUGUCGUGCCGUUGGGACCGACAGACCUGUGGACCCUGGAUCCUUAUAGCGGGGUCAUCGAGGGCGAUAAGCUGUAUGGGCGCGGGGCUGGGGAUAUGCGUGCGGGAGUGGGUGUCUAUGUCAAGGCGCUCGAUGCUUUGACUCGGGUUGGAUUGCAGCCUGCGAGCGAAGUCAUUCUCGAGUCUGUGGUGGAAGAGGAGUCCACCGGCAACGGGACGCUGAUGACGCAUCUAAAGGGGUAUAAGGCGGACGCCGCGCUGAUUCCGGAGCCCGUGGGAGAAGAGUUGGUGCGGGCUAAUGUCGGCGUGUUAUGGUUUCAAGUCGAGGUCAGAGGAAAACCAGUGCAUGUGAGGGAGAUGGCCACCGGAACGAACGCGAUCGAUGCGAGUUGGAAAGUCAUUGAGGCAUUGAGAGAACUUGAGAAGGACUGGAACGCGAGAGAGAUCGGACGCGAGCUUUAUAUUGAGCAACAUAAAGAGCUGGAGCAUCCCCUGAACCUCAAUGUCGCCAUGAUGCAUGCUGGAGACUGGCAAUCCUCCGUACCUGCGUGGUGUCGCGUUGACUGCCGCAUAGCCAUCUACCCGGGCGUCAGUGCGAAAUCAGCCGCCGACGAGAUCGAGGCCAAGGUGGCCGAAGUGACCGAGGCCAACGACUUUCUCAAAAAGACACCCCCAAAAGUCACCUGGAACGGCUUCUACGCUGAAGGUUACGUGCUCGAACCGGGUAGCGACGCCGAAAGUGUUCUUCAGAAAGCCCAUCAGCAAGCGACGGGUGAGACGCUCAGGUCGGCCUUCUCGGGUGCUUACCUCGAUUCCCGGGUACAUUCUCUGUAUGAUAAGAUUCCGGCCUUGUGUUAUGGUCCUUUGGCUGGAAAUAUUCACGGCUUUGAUGAAUGGGUCAGUGUGAAGAGUAUCAAGAACGUCACUAUUGCUGUAGCGCUAUUUAUUGCCGAAUGGUGCGGUGUGGAGAAGAUUUAA